AUGACCGGUGUUAACACCGCUCAGCUGGGCGUAUACGCAGCACUCUCUCCCCCCGUCAUCUACGUCUGGAUCCGGCAUGGGAAACCAGGGUUUCUGGGCUGGUUCUACCUAUUUGCCUUCUGCAGCCUCCGGGUGGUGGGUGGCGCGAUGACAUUGAAGAACAGCAAAAAUUCCUCUGCUUCACUGAUAUCCAAUAUUGGAUUAUCACCACUACUGCUAGCAACAUCUGGACUCCUACAUGAAGCCCGCCAUUACCGCAACGCCAGACUCCGCAAAAACUUUGAAUGGACCCUUGUUGGGCUCUACCACCUCCUCGUAGCCGCGGGCGUUGGCCUUGUAGCAGCCGGGGCCUCGGCCGUGAACAAGAACAGUGGCACCGCCCCGAAACAAUCAGAUGUGACUAUCCUCAAAGUCGGCAUCACCACACUACUUGUUUCCUGGUCAUUGGUCUGCAUAUGGGCAGUCUUCUCUCUCCUCCCGAGCCAAAAAACAACACCAGCACUUGGAUAUAUCCCUGGAACUAAGAUCCUCUUCGUUGUCCUACUCUCACUGCCUUUCACCGGCAUUCGUGUUCUCUACAGCACUGUAUCCAUAUUCUCUGACAAUGCUUCACUAAAUCCCGUUACUGGCUCUAUUGGCCUUCGUGUUGGACUCAGUUUCAUUCCUGAGUUGGUCUCAGCGUUGAUGUUCAUAUUAGUUGGACUUGCUACCCGUCAGGUUAUGGGUAUCGCUAGAUAUAGAGGCGAUGGAAGGGGCAAUGCGAACGGUAUGGAAGCAGAUGUCAAAAUGGGACGGAGACAGAGGAGAUCUGACAUAAAGGGUUCGGACGUCGGCUUGGGGGCGGGAAAUUGA